CGGUCACACAGCAACAGCACACAUAGCGCUGUAAUGAAAACAAGGGCAGUAGCAACGACUUUUAAGCCCUGGUGUUUAAGUUUAUUUUGUUGUUAAGCAUUGCUUAAUUAUAAUUGUCAAUGUCGAUAGUUAGCAGCUUAACGAACUUAACGAAACACGCGCGACGACGACGACAUUGGAUUUGUCCACUCCGGAGAUAGCCAGUGUUUCCUUAAUAUUAUUAUUUUUUUCUUUCCACUCCCACCACCCACUCUUCCUCUUCCCCGUUUUGUUUUUUUUUUGUAUUUGUUUUGUUAGUUGAAUUUGUGUGGAAUGGAGACGGAGGCGGAUUUAAGCCGCCAACACGAAGAUGCUGAUGAUGGCGGCAGCUUUACCGAGCUGCCCAUCAACCAGCACACAACAACGACGACAGCGACGGGAGGCAAGGCAAGGCUCGAGAGUCUGCGCGAGAAUCUGUCCAAGCAGCAGGAACGACUGAUGGCUCUGCGAGAACGCGCCUUGCGCAAAGCCGAGGAUGGCGGACGUUUAAAGUCCAGCAUGAGCGAUUCGAUGGAAUCGCUAAAAUCGCUGGGACACAAACUGAGCCUUGGCCCAGUGGCGGACACCACGCUUAACGACGAGCCACAGCAGAUGUCCACGCCGCUGGUGACGCCCAGCAAGGAGCUGCUGGACCUCAGCGGCGGCAGCGGCAACGAGAAGCUCCAAAUGUUAAAUCAACGCACCGAACAGAAUCGUGCGCUCCUCGAGCAGCGAAAACGUGACAUGGCUCGAUCCCUGCAAUCGGUCAAAUCGGGACUGCGACAGAGCAACAGCGGCGUUGAGCUGGGCUCCUCGAUGAAUGAUUUGCGUGCCUUAAGCAGUCAGCAUGCGACACCUGUAUCCCGACAUCGUUCGGCUGCCGAUUUGCAGCAACAACUGCAACAGCAGCAGCAACAACAACAACAACAGUUGCAACUGCAACAAACAGCGACGACGGCGCAAAGCGAAGAGGGACGACUGAAGCUGCUGAAGAACAAGAUGAAACUGAUUGAGCUGAAGCAGACACGCAAGGAGCAGGAGCAGCAACAAGAGUUGCACGAGUUGCGCAACGCGUUGCAGCAACGUGAACAGCAGGUGCAACAACUAGAGGCAACGCUGGCCGAGCAGAGUGAGCAGCUAAUUGGUUUGGCGACCACGAGUCGCGUUCAAACGGAGCUGCAACAGUUGCGUGAACGCAACGCGGAACUGGAGCAGAGCAGCGAAAUGCUGGAGGCAACGCAAAGGGAAUUGCAGCAGGCACGCGAACAAUUGCUGCUGCUGGAGCAGCAACACGAGCAGCUGCAACAGCAGCAGCAAGAGAGCAACAAUUCCACCGAUGCGCAAGUGAAUCAAGAGCUGGCCAAACAGCUGCAACAGUUGGAGCAACAAUUGCGGGACACCCAACAGCAACAGCAGCAACAAGAAGUCGCCACCAACAGCAGCACUUCAAACGAAGAGACGCAGCAACAUUUGUCCAAACUGGAGGCGACGAUUGCAUUGCAAACGGAGCAGCUGGCGGAGAAGACCACCGAACUGAAUGUGCUCAAUGUGAAUUUGCGUGUGCUCGAGGAGAAGUUGUCGCAGGGCGUGAAAGCGAAACCGAUAUUCCUCGACGAAGUCGAAGAUGUGCAGGUGAACGAACAGCUGCAGCUGGAGUUGCAGCAAUUGAAGCAGAAACUCGACGAGUCCAACAAGAGCAACAUCAAGCUGAAGUUGAAGUGCAAGCAGGCGGAGAAGCAGCUGCAGAAAUUGCAAAGCAGCGACACACAACAGCAGCUGACGCAGUUGAGUGCGGAGAACGAGCACCUGCAGCAACGCAUCACCGUGCUGGAGGACGAGAAGGGUCAAUGGCAGUUGGCGCAUGUCGAGGAGGAGGAUCAGGAGCAGGAACACGAUGAGGAACAGCAAUCGAGUCGUGUGCAAGCGAAUGCCGCGCAAGCCGAAGCGAUACGCCUGCUGGAGGAGCAAAAGGAGGAACUGCAGCAGGCGUUGGAGGCGCUGCAACGUGGCUCGGAGUCGGCUCGUGUUGAAUCCGAGUUGAGUGAAGUGCAGCUGGAGGAACAGCUGUCGCAGCGUGUGCAGCAACUUGAAACCGAAGCCAAGGAGCAGCGCCAGCAGCUGCAGACGCUGCAAACGGAAAAGGAGGCGCUGGACAAGAAGCUGUCGCAUUACAUUAACGAGAACAUGGAGCUGCUGGACAAGCUGGAGAAGCUCAGCUCGUCCAGUUCAGCGGAAUCCAUUGAGAUUGUCGAACGACCCAGCGAACGACGCUUUAGCCAACGUCCCGCCAGCGAAGGAGAUGCCGGUGAUGCGGAAACCGAAGCUGAAGUCGAAGCUGAUGCAGAGGCGGCGCCCAGCUUUGUGAGCGAACUGACACAAACGGAUUCGACGGCACCCGAUCCGGAGGUGAACGAAAGUUUGCUGCAAAUGCGCGCCGAAAGCGAUGAGCUGCUCAAGAAGAUCGAGCUCUUUGCGAACGAACGACGCGAGGUGUUGGCCAAAAUGGAGCAACUGCAGCAGGAGAAUGCCCGUCUGCAAGAGGCGCUCGAGGAGCUGAAGCAGCAGCAACCGGAGCAAGCGGAACAACACGAACAUCUGCAGGCGGAGAACGCACGCUUACAUGCAGAGCUUCAGGAACAACGCGACUCGGAGCAAUCCUCGGAGCUGGCAGCUCAACUGAAGCACACCCAGGAGCAGCUGCAAACGGAGCGAGCAGCGUUGCAUUCACAGCUGGAGGAAUUGCAACGCGACAAGCAACAUUUGUCGCUGCAGCUGCAGAGCGAAAAAUCGAAUCUCUCGCAGGAGCUGAGCUCCAUGCAGCGUUCCUCCGAGGUGGUCGCCGCCCUCGAUUGCGGUGAUGCCGGCGUUGCCUUGCUGGACAAAUGCGAACGUUCGCUGGGCAAACUCAGCUCCGAGCUGGAGGCGUAUCGCAAGGCCAACGAUCGCAAUGCCAAGCUCAAUGUGUCCAAGAAGCUGGCGAAGGAGGCGAAGAAUGUGCACACUCAACUGACCGAAUUGCUGCACAAGGUGAAGGAAGCCAGCACUGCGGUGGAGACGGUCACAGUUGUGGAAACUGUCGUGGCUGUCACCGCACCCAAUGGCAAAGCUCUGGCCGAAUACGAGCAGCUGACGGCGCAGAAUGCGGAACUGAAAUCAACGUUGGCCGCAUUGCAAGCUGAGCUCGAGGAGUUGCGCGAUAGCUACGAGCCAACGGAGACGACGCCACCUAAAACGCUGGCCAUAACUGAGCAACGCGACGCGGAGCGUGAACAGGAGCUGGAGCAGCAGCUGCAACAACUGAGCGAACAGCAGACACAACAGCAACUCGCAGCAGCCGAAGAACUCGCAGCUGUUCGGGAUCAGCUGCAAGCCACAAUUACAGAGCUGCGUGCAGCGGAAGCGGAACACUUGGAGCUGAUUGCCCGACAGAGUGCGGAGCUGGUGCAGUUGCAGUUGCAGGCAGAGCAGCAUGACAAUCAGUUGAACGCCAGCGAAAUGCAGCACGAGAAGCAGCUGGAGCAACAACAGCGACAACGACACGAGCUCGAUUCGCGCAUCGAGACCCUCGAGGGUGAGUUGGGUAUUUUGCAAGCACUCGUUGCGGAGCAGAAGCAACAGCUGAUCGAGAGCUACAGCGAUCGGGAGCUCGAAUCGAACCUCAAGCUCCUGGAGCUGCAACAGUGCCAACGGGAGUUGGAGACGAGUGAGACGCGCAAUCGCGAGUUGCGGGACAAGCUGAAGAAGUACGCCUUGCAGCUGAAGAAACGCAACGCGGAACACAGCGACCUGGAGCAACAACUUCAGCAACUCCAAGCGCAACAGGCUGCGGAGAGUGAAACAAGCGUCCAGCUAACGCAGCUGCAGCAACGCAACGCAGAGCAAACGCAGUUGCAGCAACAAACCGAGCAGCGAUUGCAACUCGUCGAACAGCGUUUGAAGGAGUCCGAGCAACAGCGACAGGAGCAGGCGGAGGAAGAGCUCGGUUUGCAGGAGGAACUGAAGCGUCUGGAGCAACAGCUGGCCGACAGCGAGUCGGAGAACUAUGAGCUGCAGCAGCAGGCGCACAAACACAAGAGCAAACUGUCCAAGCUCAAGGAGGAGACGGAUCGUCUGCAGGUUGAGCUCCAGAAUACGGUGCAUGCGAAUACCGCAUUGCGUCAGGAGAGCUUCCAGCUGGAACAGACGCUGGCGGAGCGUGCGGGCGAUGGCGACAACAACAGCCGGACGAUAGACGAACUGCGACGGCAGCUGGAGCAGAAGUCCAUCAAGUUCGACAAGUCAAAGGAGGUGAUCAAGCACCGCAAUGCCAGCAUACAGAGUCUGCAGCGGGAGUUGGCCGAGCUGCGUGCCCAGUUGCAAACGCAACCCGAGGAGGAAGCGCAACAGCAGCAACAACAACAGCAACUCCAACAGUUGCAGGCUGCACAGGAGCAUCAGUUGCAAACGCUGCAGCAAUUGCAGACGGAGAAUAGCGCGUUGCUGGCAGAGAAGGCCAACUUUGAGCUGGUCAUUGCGCGUCUGGAGACGCUGCACGAGGGCAUUCAGGCCAAGCUGCAGCAGGAUCAGUCGUACAUGGAAACCCUGGAGACGCAAAACACCGAACUGCAGCAGCGGAACGCCGAGCUGCAGGAUCAGACUACAGCGCUGAGGACGGAACAAGCGGCGGAGCUGGCGCGCAUAGAGCAACUGGAACAGCAGCUGGAGGAACGCAGUGCCCAGCAGCUGGCGCAUGAAUCCCAACUGCAGUUGCGUGUGCAGCAGCUGCAGGAACACGAACAAGCUCAGAGCCGACAACUCCAGCAGCUGGGCAGCGAAGCGGAUGAAGUGCGUGAGCAGUUGGCGAGCCUGCAGGCGGAACAUGAGGCGCUGCUGACGCGUCACAAACAGCAGACGCAACAGGCGCAAGCGGAGCGGGCAGAGCGUCAGAGCAACGUCGAGCAGGAGCUGCACGAGUUGCGCGAGGAGCUGCAGCAGCGACAGCUGGAGUUGCAGCGUCAGCGCAACGUUUACGAUGCCAAACUGGCGGCCAAGGCCACCGAGCUGGAUGAGAUGGAGUGUGAUCUGAGCGCGCACAUGGAGCGCGCCACCGUCGAGACGCGAGAGCUGACGCAACGCUUGGAGCGCACACAGGAACAGCUGCAGCAACGGGGCGAGGAGUUGACGCGUCUGGGCGAGGAGCUCGCCGACGUGGAGCGAGAGCGUGCCACGCUGAGCCGGGAGGCAACGCUGUUGCGUCUGCAACACGAUAGCGCCGAGCAGGAUGUCCUUGAGUUGCAGGAGUUGCGCAUGCAAGCGUUGCAGGAUAAGACCGAAAUGGAUAAUUUGCGCACUCAAAUCGAUGCCUUGUGUGCGAAUCACAAUCAGGAACUCCAGGCACUGCAGCAACAGCUGGCCGAACUCGAUACUUUGGGACAGAAUCAAACCGACGAUCAGGUCUACAUUGAAACGGAGAACAAGCGACUUGCCGAACAGUUGACUGAGAUGCAAGCACGACUCGACGAACAGGCCGAGCAGCUGGCCAGACAACAAGCUAACACUCCAGCUGCAGCUGCUAACCUUCCGAUUCCCGCACCUGCGAUGUUCUUUGGCAACGACGCUGCGGCGGCGCCAUCGCCAUUCGAUGAGAUUGUCGCUCAACCGCUGAGGCUAAGCAGCCAAGGAAUGGGCGUGCCCCACGAUCCAACGAUAGCGGAGCCACCAACCAUCGAGGAUCUGCAGCGCAACGUGUCCGAUCUGGAGAAGCAUGCCAAGGAGCUGGAGACCAAGUUGCUGGCACGCAAUCAGGCAUUGGCCGAGCACGAGGAGCGACGCCAGCAACUGGAGCGUUUGCUCGCCGAGCGGGAACAGGAGCUGGGACAACUGCGUGCCGCAGCCGAGGAACGCGAACGUUUGGCGGCCAUUGAGAAGCUGAUACAAGCGGAGCCACAACCUCCGGUGCAGCCGACGAUUGUUGCAACAAGUGCUGCGCCCACGUUGGACAUGUUCUUUGGCACGGAAACGGUGACAGAUGCGUCACAGCAGCUCGAUUUGGGUCUGCCACAAACCGAACCCGUUGUGGAGGAGAUCAUCACACCAAAGAAGGCGUAUUUGUGUCAACCCCCGAACCAGCAACAGCAGCAACAGGUUGUUGUUGAUUGGGGCGUGGAUGAGGAUCCCUGGGCGAGUGCAGCAGCCGAUGAGCAGCAUCAGCGUCCAGCAGUCGAGGUGCUGCAACUGCAGCAACGCAUCGACGAGCUGGAGCAACAGAAGCUGGAGCUGCAGACGAAGACGGCGAAGCUGAUGAAGCGCAUCAAGGAGUAUCGCAGCAAGGAGCAGCAACAACAACAGGAACAGGCGAAGAGCAGCAGCAUUGGCACCAAUGAUCUAGACAGCGCCAUUAUGGAUGAGCUGCGUCAUCAGUUGCAGCUGCACGAGACACGUCAGGCAAAGAGCGAGGAGCUGCUGCAACAGCAUGCACUGGAGAAGGAGAAGCUGGCGAAGCGCAUCGAUGUGCUGACAGCGGGCAACGAGCGCAUGGCGGAACUGAAGGAGCGUCAGGACAUGGAUGUGCAAAUGUAUCAGGCGCGCAUACGUGAGCUGCAGGAGAAGCUCCAGCAGCUGGAGAGCUGGGGCGAUGAGGGGACCACGACAACAACAACAACAGGAGCAACAACAACAACCGAUGCUGCUCCGACAACUGCGGCGGCUCAAGCGAGCAUCGAGCUUUUGCAGGUGGAGAAUCAGGAGCUGAGUACCGAGUGCCAGGAGCUGCACGCCCAGCUGCAGCUGGAGAAGCAGCAAGCACACGAGGCGCUGACGCAAGCGCAGCGUGAACGCGAGCAACUGCAGCAGGAGAAACAGCGGGCACUCGAAGCGCUCGCUCAGCAGUCGGAGCUGGAGCGUCAGCAAUUGCAUGAACAGCUGCUGGCGGAUCAGCAGCGUGCGCAGGCGGCGCAACAGGAACGCGAGCAACUGCAGCUGCAACUGGAGGAGCUCAAGGCCAAGCAGCUGGAGCUGCCGGCAACGGUGAGUGCACCCAGUGACGAGAGCGUGGCGCUGCUGCAGGAGAAGGAGUCGGAGAUAGUGCAUCUGAAGCAGCGCAUCGAGGAGCUGAUGCGUGAGGAUCAAACCGAGAAACUGGUGUUGGAGAUACUCACCAAGAAUCAGGAGUUGCAGUUGCUGCGCAUGCAGAUCAAGCAGUUGGAGGAGGACAAACUGGAGCGGCCAAGUGGAGAGGAGUUAAAGCAGGCGACGCCACCGCCAAGCAAUGAAGUGGAGCUGGAGCAAGUGCGUCAACAAUGCGUGCAGCUGCAGCAGGAGAAGAGCGACAUGGAGGAAGAGUUGCGUGUGCUCAACAAUCAUGUGCUGUCCAGCCUGGAGUUGGAGGAUAAGAUGAAGCAAACGGUGCUCGAACUGGACAUGAAAACCAUUGAGAUCACCGAGCUGCGCAAAACGCUGGAGCUGCUGCAACAAUCGCAAUCCCAGUCUCAGUCCCAGCCCCAGCCAGAUUUGACAGCAUUGAAUCAACAAUGGGAGGCACUGGUGGAGCAAAAAUGCAGCGAGGUUGCAAACAUUUGGCAGGAGCAUUUGGCACAACGUGAAGCCGCCUAUCAGGCGCAGAUCGAGCAGCUAACCACAUCACAACAGCAGCAGCAGCAACAGCCUGCGGAGAUCAAAUCCGCAGUGGAGGAGCAGCAGCAACAGCCGAGUUCAGCGCCAGCGGAGGACAAUGAGCUAUUGGCGAAAAUGCAAAAGGCACUGGAAACGCAGGAAAUGGAAAUCGUCACACUCAAGGAGCAGUUGGCCAUUCGAUCGGCGGAAUAUGCGCGUCUCGCCUCACAGUAUGAUCCCUUCCGGCUGCAGAAUACACUUGGCGGAGCGUCAGGUGGAGCAGCAGCUGGCGCUGGAGCCACGGGCAGCAUUAGCCAGGAACCGUUGCCAGAGUAUGUGCUCAAAGCGGAUCUGGACUAUGCGUUGAUGAUGCUGCAUCAGCGGGACAUGCGUGUCGAGGAGAUGAUACUGGAGUUAGUGCAGCUGCUGGAGGAGCGCGAUCAUCUGCAGCUGAAGCUCUCGGAUACGCUGCGACAGCUGGAAGCCGAACGAACCGGCGUUCCAGCUGCGGUUCAGCUUGCUCCUGCGCCGCCAACGGACAGCGAUCCCAGUAGUGACCUAAAACAAAAAUUGGCAGAGCUGCAGACGGUGAAGCAUUCCAAGGACAAGGUUAUUGUGGAUGAACGUGAGCAGCGACUGCGACAGAUGAUACAGCUCCAGCGAGACAUGGCCAAGACAACAACAGCAGCCACAACAACGGGAACGACGUCGACGACGACGACCACAGCAACGGGAACAGUCAUACCAGCAGCUACAGCGCCUCCAACAAUUCCUCAGCAGCAACAGCAACAUCAACAACAACAACAGGCACAGCUUGAAGUGGAUCCAUCUCAAUCAUCACUGCGGUCACCUUCAAUGGUACUCAUGGACUGGAUAUUAGGCAAUAAUAAGAGCGAGGACGAAGCGCAUCCAAACACAGCAUCGAGCAAUUAAAUCCGACCAUUAUCCAAGCAUCUCCCAACUCCCUCGCACGUUCCAAGCAGCUUCCAACAACAACAACUAAAAAUGACUAGUUAAAGCGGCUUACCAAUAAUUCUUGAUAUACACUAGCGUUAGAGUUCUAUAUUAUGUACCUUGGAUGAAUUCACAACAAAACAAAAAAAAAAAAAAAAGAAGAGAAGAGAAAAAAGAAUAGAAAAAAAAACGACUAAGAAAUCGAAAUGAAAAAGAAAAAAAAAACAGCAAACAAUUAUUCCCGAAUUGUGUU